AUGGGAAGGGGUAGGGUUCAGCUUAAGAGGAUAGAGAACAAGAUCAAUCGCCAGGUUACUUUCUCCAAAAGGAGAGCUGGGUUACUCAAGAAAGCACACGAGAUCUCUGUGCUCUGCGAUGCUGAGGUCGCUUUGAUUGUCUUCUCCCACAAAGGAAAGCUCUUUGAAUAUGCUACUGAUUCUUGCAUGGAGAAGAUACUGGAACGCUAUGAAAGGUACGCCUAUGCAGAGAGGCAGCUAGUUGCAAAUGAUUCUGAGUCACAGGGAAAUUGGACCAUUGAGUAUACUAGACUCAAGGCGAAGAUUGACCUUCUGCAGAGAAACCAUAGACACUACAUGGGAGAAGACUUAGGUUCAAUGAACCUUAAAGAGCUUCAGAGUCUGGAGCAGCAGUUAGAUACUGCUCUCAAACAAAUUCGUACACGCAGAAACCAACUCAUGUACGAGUCCAUUUCAGAGCUUCAGAAGAAGGAGAAACUGAUACAGGAGCAGAACAACAUGCUUGCAAAGAAGAUCAAGGAAAAAGAGAAGGUUGCUGCGCAGCAGGCACAAUGGGAGCAUCCAAACCAUGGAGUUAAUGCAUCCUUCUUACUAGCACAGCCACUUUUGAACAUGGGUGGUAAUUACCGUGAGGAAGCUCCAGAAAUAGGAAGGAAUGAGCUUGACUUGACUCUGGAACCAUUGUAUUCCUGCCACCUUGGAUGCUUUUGA